AUGUGGCGUCAUGCCAUACUGCAGCUUUACCUGGUGCUUGCCAUGACUGUGAGGCAAGUUUGCAAUGCACCAGUCAUCACCAGUAUACGUCCGAGCAACAUGCCAGCAGUUGGGGGAGGUGAUACGACCUUCCUUGUCAUCGGGGGAUCAAACUUCGGUUUCACAACGAGCAACAUCAUGGUUGGCAUCGGCACAUCCUUCUCCUCGGAAGUUUCCAAUGCUGUAGACUCGCUCGUGAUCUGCAAGAUUCCUGCAGGAACAGGAGCAGGCCUUGAUGUGUUCGUGAACGUCUCUGGUGCAGUCACCACACUGCUCAAGUCCUUCAGUUAUGAUCCGCCGAUCGUCACCUCACUCAACCCCAACAACGUCCCAACUGCUGGCUCAACGUCGCGGGUGCUCGGGAAGAACUUUGGAGUUGCGAAUGUGUCUCCGGUCAUUCAGAUGGCAGGAGUCUCUCUUCAGUCUUCAUGGACGUCCGAUUCUAGCGUGCAAAUCGUAGUUCCUCCAGGCGCUGGAGGAAUGAAGUCACUAAGUAUUGGAGUUUCAAAUCAGGUCUAUACUGCUGUCAAUGCGCUGUCAUACAGUGCUCCAGCAACCAAUCAGGAGGGUGUCAAAGCAGCUGCCACUUCCUUCUAUGCCCCUGCCUUGGGAGCAUUUCAGAAAGAUCCGCUCUCAACAACGAUCACAACAUUGCUGAAUCUAGAUGGAUCAAGCUUUGGUAUGUUUGAUUUUACUAUGCAGGCUCGUAUUGGGCGGUCAGCUGGUGUCUCAACACGAUGGAGCUCAGAGACAUCCUGCGUUGUCUUGUCCUCACGGGGAGUUGGAGGAGCACUGCUAGUUGUUGCGAGUGUGGCAAGACAGUCCGGAACAUCGAGCUCCGCGUUGACCUACGUCUCGCCAAAGCUCAGCGCCGUCUCUCCUGUGGUUGGGUCACCUUUGGGUGGUUUUGUAUUGUCUCUGACAGGUAGUUCCUUCGGAAGUGACGACUACUCCCCUCUUGUACUAGUUGGGAUGUCCACAUGUCAGACUUACUUUGUAUCGGACUCUAGCACGAGAGUUGUCGUCAAGAGCGGAGUGGGGGCGAAUCUUGCUGUCUCCAUCUCAUCUCAAGGUCAAGUAGGGAUAUGGAACAACUUCUUCUCCUACCAAGCACCCAAUGUCACUUCGAUCAGUCCUGCUAACUCGCCUACCGCCGGGUCUCUUCAGAUCUCGAUCUUAGGGAGCAAUUUUGGGUCAAGUUCUCAACCGGAUCAGAACAUUGUUAUUGGAAAAACUUCUUGCACUCUUACUCUCUGGAAAUCAGAUUCAUCCAUGACGUGUGUCACGCCAAGAGGUACUCGAUCCGGUCUGGACGUCAGCGUGAGGAGCGGGGGGCUAGUCGGGACAUUCACAGCAGGGUUCUCCUUCGACCGUCCUGUGAUAGAGUCAGUCUUUCCUGGUGUAACUGCCACCGCAGGAGGGCAGAGUAUAACCGUCAUUGGCAAAAACUUCGGAAUCUUCGGGAGCUCGCAGGUCACAGUGAAGGUGGGAUACACAACCUGCUCCUCCUCUGCUUACGGUUUGAAUGAGUACAUGUUGAUCUGUGUUCUUGCUCCCGGAGCUGGUAUAAUGCUACCAGUCUAUGUGGCACUGGACGGAGGCUCCUUUACAGGGCAAGUGAACGCGUUCUCAUACUCGCCUCCAACACUGCAGGCUGUAAAUCCAUCCAUCCUCUUGCCUGCUGGUCGUCUCAAGCUCACGCUCUCGGGCCAAGGAUUCGGAACCGGAUCGGACAGUCAGAGCGCUGCUGUUCAGUCAACUGUCUCCCGGACCACCUUCUGGAUUUCUGAUUCUUCUCUUCCGUUCUUGUAUGCUGCAGGAGUAGGGAGCGGUCAAUCGGUGAGCGUGUCAGUGGGAGAUCAAAGGCACUCGCUCAAGAAUAUCGCUUCGUUCUCGAUCCCUCUGCUAAGCUCCACCCAGCCUUCCAAUGUGCCUUCGCUGCUUCCGACUGUGGGGAUAGCAGGACAAUGCUUCGUGGCGUUCGACACGAGUGGAGCCGUAAGGGUGCAGGGGCAGAUGAACGGGAGAGGAAGCGCUUCUAUGACUUCUCAGUGGACUUCUGAUUCAAGUUUACUCUGCAAGCUCAGCUCGGGAGCCGGAGUCCUGAUUUCAGUGCAAGUCACGAUCUCUUCGUUCUUCAAUUCCAUCUCCUCGUCUCUCAGCUUCGAUCUUGCCAAAGUCAAAUCAGGUGCUGACUACACGCCGUCUUUACGGAUCGGGCAGACAGCCUGCUGGAGUAAUGUAUGGAACUCAGACACGAAUCUCGUGUGCGGGGUACCUGCUGGCCUAGUCGCGGAGCGUGUGAUCGUCACCAUCCUGAAUACCGUGGGAUCUUCAGCUGACGCGCUCUCGUUUGACUUGCAGACCGUCACGUCGUCCUCAAGGUACAACCUCCGGUCAGACGUUGUCAACUCCUUGACCCUCUUGGGGGCAUCUUUUGGUAUGGAAGAGCAGUUCCUCGCUUACAUGCCUUGUGCGUCAAGGAGUUGCUCUCUUUCCUCAGCCUUCUCGUUCAAUCCAAUCAAUCUGUUGCAGUCUCAAAAUCGACUCGAGAGCAUAACGACAUAUUUCUAUGCAGUCGGCCUUGCUUAUGAAGAUCACUCCCUCGCUCUUCGAGUCGGUGUGACUAGUGCACAACAGACAGCUUGGAGAUCCUACACGGCGAUGCAAGUGAAAGUCAGUUCCAGUGUAGGCAGAGAAGUUCGUCUCAUCGCUUCUGCUUCUUCGGUCUUGGCGACAUCUUCUAGUUCCAAUGAGUUCACACUGCCGCUGGCCAGCUCGACCUCACCCUCCAACAGCCCUCCAGCUGGAGUCUCACUGAUCGCAUUCCUUGGCACUUCUUAUGGAUCAACCUCGUACUCGCAGUCAGUCCGUGUAGGCCCAUCUGAGAGCGUUAGGACCAUCUGGACAUCGGCAUCGUCAAUCGCGUCUAUUCCUUCUUUCUCCAUGUCAAAUGCCAUGAAUGUCGUCAUCACUUCAGGAUUACAAGCCGGCACUGCCUUCCGCUUUUUCUCAUUCGAUGCUAUUUCCAUCUCUUCAGUUCAUGUACAAAACAUCCCAAAUUCUGGUAAUCGCCUUGUUUCUUUCUCUGGAUCUUCAUAUGGAUCUUCAUCGUAUACUCUCCGCCCAAGUUUAUCGUUUUCUGUCCUUCAAACUGCGUCAUGGACGUCUGACACAGCCAUUGUAUGUAAGGUCAUUGCCGGCGUCGGCAACAAGUUGCCGUUUGCUGUCGCUCAAGGGUCCGCCUACACUAACACAGGAACUAUCUCAGAUGUGAUUUCCUUCGACUCUCCCCAGCUGAGCGGCAGCAGCAAGCAGAAUAUGCCGCAAAUAGCUCCCUCCCUUGUCACGAUCUUCAGCUCUGUCGGGUUCGGAUCUGCUGACUACAGUUCUAUCCUUGUUCUUUUGAAUGGCAAGCAAGUCUUGUCCUCACUGUGGACCUCAGACAGUUCAAUAACUUGUCAAUUGGCACCAGGAGAAGGAGAAGGUCUCAACUUUGCAGUUCAAUUCCAGAAUGAAAUUUCCUUUGUCACUCAAAUGUUUACCUUUGAUGCCCCUGCAGUGUCAGCUGCUCUUCGUUCCAACCUUGCGUCAAACAGACAUUUCUCAAUACUUGGAUACAACUUUGGAGUCGUCGAUCUUUCUAUCAAGGUAUGCGUUGGUACAUUAAGCCAAAAGACGAUUUGGCAGUCCGUCACCAGUCUGGUUGCCAUCGCUGAACAGAGAGCCAGGACGAGUGUGUCUCUGAUUGUGACUACUUGGCAGAGAGAGGGCACGCUCUCCUCUUCUGUUUCGUAUGCUGUACCAGUCUUGUCAACACUGUAUGCUGGGAACGGCCCUGUGGUCACUUUGAAUCCUCUUGUCUUGUUUGAGUCUUCAACAAGCUCAACCCCGCUUUCUGAAUCAAUGCGGAUUGGUUUCACUGCAUGUGAAAGGACUCUUUGGAUAUCAGGGACUCAAAUUGCUGGAAAGGUGUCUUCUGGCGUUUCAAAGUCAGCAGGCAUUGUUGUAACUUAUUGUUUGUCUUCAAAUAGUCUGUCUCAUGCGUAUUCCUACGAUUUGUCUGCACAGGUUGACAGAGUGAAUAUCCCCGUAGCAGGCGCAAUGAUCGUUUCUUUUCCUCUUCUGACAUUCCAACCUCUGUGCUAUACACCGACAGUUCGGAUGGUCUCAGCGCUUCAGAGCACGAGAUGGAGCUCCACUUCAAGCAUCUCAUGCUCUGUGAGGAUGCUGCCCGGGAGAACACUGUCAGUUCAAGUUACGAUUGGGCGAAGUAUCGUGACUGUCACGGAGGCAACAAGCUUUGAUACAAGUGCGAUGUCCUCUAUUUCGACCACAAACUCUUUUUCACGAGGUCAAACACUGUACAUUUACAGCAAACCCUUGUCCUUGAAUCUUGAAAGCACCCUUGCAUUAAGAAUAGGUCCAUCGAAGGUCUUGGAAACACUGUGGUUGUCUUCAACCAGUCUGUCUGGGAGGGCUGCAUUCGCAUACGCUCGGAGUCAAUCUCUCUCUCUCUCUGUUGCAUCGCUUCAGAGUUCAACCAGCCAAGUGUUUUCGUAUGACUCCGUUCAGUUGUCCUCUGCAAUUCGCGGUAAUAUCUUCAGUACCGGUGUGAUUGCGAUAAAUUUCAGAGCGCUGGCUAUCGAAGUGUUUUCUCUUACAGCUUCUGUGAGGGUAGCCUCUACUGUUUCCUCCCGCUCCAUGUGGACGAGUGACUCCGCCGUCCAAGCUCUCGUCUCCUCUGGUGUCGGCGGCUCCCUAUCCCAGAUGCUCACCGUCGUCCUGCAAGUCUCCUCUCUCUCUCAGCUUCUCAGCUACGAUCGGCCUACGCUCGCGUCAAGACCGGCCAACUCUCCCACCACAGGGAACGUGGACCUGCAGCUGUCGGGGGCGGGGCUGGGGAACUUCGAUGCUUGUCCUGUUGCUCAGGUGGAGCGUUUUGUGUGUCGGGCGUCAAUGUGGAAGUCAGACUCGUCGAUGGUGUGCAGGGUGAAUGAGGGGGCAGGAGCAGGGCUGGAUAUCAGCGUGAAGGUAAAGGAGCAGGUCGGUACUCUCAGCUCUGCCGUUUCGUUUGACACCGGAAUCAUUCUUGCGGUUUCACAAGCAAAUUUUCCUUCCUCAGGGAACUCGAUCGUAUCUUUGAUUGGAGUCAACCUUGGAGCUUUUUCUAUGACAUCUUAUGCUCGAGUCGGAGGGACAGCAUGUCAAUACACCGUCUUUCAAAGUCAAAGUCAAAUAUGGUGCAAGGUAGCUGCUGGAGUCGACCAAAACAUGCAAACUCUUGUGUCUGUGGCCUUUCAGCAGUCUCAAGCUCUGGCGCAGACUCUUUCCUAUGAUAUAGGAUCAGCCUCAAGUCAAGGGUUGGUGUCCUCAACCACUGGGAAUAACGUGGUGGAAACUGUUGGAGCAUACCUGGGAACAUAUGAUUCGUCGGUGCGAUCGAGAGUAAGUCAGACUGAAAUGCAAGCUACUCGAUGGGUUUCCGACACAUGCUUGCAAGGAAUCUGUCCGGCAGGUGAGGGGCGAGGUCUGAGACUGGUGAUUUCGAUCGGGGCUAGACAUUCGACCAUGUCAGAAUCGAUUUCUUUCGCUAGUGUUGUAUUCGUGGACAAAGGGCUAAACUUUGUAGUGUCUGUUACGUCGUAUCUUGCUGCCGGUCAUUCGUUCGCCCCGUUUGAUACCACAUCACAAGUUAGAUUGCAGCACACUGCUAGUGUACCCACCCAUUGGUUUUCAGACUCUUCUCUCUCCUGUCUGUUGCCAUAUACCACUGGAGGGGGAAAGAAAAUGAUCAUGACCAUUCAUGGAAAUACGGAGACGUCCAGAGAUUUUAUAUCGUUUGACCUACCUGUGUUCUCUGUAACGCAGGUGGUGAAUUUGCGGGCCACUCGGUCAAACUUCUUCGUCACUGGGAAGGGAUUUCCAAUGUACGAUCUCUCUGUUUCUGCCUCCAUCAGCGGAUCCAGUGGUGAGGUGACGAUUUGGACAAGUGCUACAACCGUUCAUGGCAUUUUCAGUGGUCAGACUCUAGCUUCAGGGUCGAUCUCUCUUACAAUGAGCGGCAUAAAGGCAACAGUCAGUGAGGCGUUCUCCAUGGAUGUCCUCAAAAUCAGUUCGAUCGCUCGAUUGAACUAUGGUCCUCAGAUGUUCGGUGAUAUGUUGAUAGGAACAAGCUUGUCACGUACAACAUUUUCACCUGCAACAAGAAUUGGAGGAACAUCCAUGCCAGUUUCGAAAUGGAUCUCAUCUUCAGUCUUGACAUGCAGAGCAACUCCAAUGGAGAGGCGUUCUCUUUCUGUGUCCUUUACAACUAACGGAGCAGCAACCAGCAUCACAGAAAGUCUGUCAUUCGAGCAGUCGUUUUUAACUUCCACUUUGCAGCAAAAUUUAGAUGUUCGAGGCAAUUCUUAUUUGGUAAUAUUUGGAGCUUUUUCGGAGCAUUCGAUGAAAACCCGUGUUGCAUCAUCAGCUUGUCGUUCGACUGUAUGGCAGUCAGACUCAGUUGUUAACUGUAACUUCGUCAUACAAACUCCUCGUUCCAUGGCUUCGAUCAUCUCUGCCGCCUUGAGCAGUAUUCAUUCCAUCACAAACUCAUUGAGUUAUGACAGCUUUGUUCUUGACUCAUACCUUUCGAGUCAAAACAAUGUAAUCAACCUUAAUUCCAUAUCUGUUCCCUUCGGCCUCAUAGCACAGGCUACUGUUAGACUGCGAAUGGGAUUUUCAAAUGCAGAGAGCUCGGUCUGGAGAUCGGCCACUUCACUUGAAAUCAAAAGUGUGAUUGAGAACGGCAGAAGUUUGGCAUUAUGCUUGACAUCGAGUAGCUUGUACACAAGUACGAAUACCCAUACGUUUGAUCUGUACGUCUCCUUCCAAUCGGUGAUAUCCUCGUCGAAUUUUCCAAUUUUGGCAGCGACAAAAAUCAUAGGCAAGGGUUUUGCUCUUUCUGAUAAGAGCAUUGGAUCCCGAAUUUCUUCUACAUCAUCGGCAUCCACAAAUUGGAUAUCAGAUUCUAGUGUCACUUCUACUUACACUUCGUACGCCUUCCGGACAUUCUCUACCGUCAUCACCAUGUCUGCUGUGACCAACACCUUAUCUCAAGCUUUGACUAUGGACGCUCCAAUCAUUGAUGGUAUUGCACUUUCAUCAACGAAUAUUGUGAAACAAAAAUCGAUCCAACUUCUAUCUCUUGCUUACAUGGACGAUGUUAGGAGCGCAAGUGUUCGGGUCGGCAGUACAAGUUCUCUAUCCACUGCAUGGAACAGUUCAUCGUAUGUCUUCUGCAAAAUAGCAGCAGGCGCUGGCCACAGCAAAGGCAUCUACCUCUCCAUCCAUUCCCUCGUCUCCUCCGCUUCUAGUGCCGUCUCCUAUGACACUCUCGCGAUCUCCUCCGGCCUCAAUCAGACGCGCUCGACGGCAAACACCCGAGGAGUCCUUCUCUCGCAGCUGCUACCGCCGGACUCGCUGCAGGUCGUGUCCUCGUACUCGGCGUCGACGAGGAUCGGACGCACGUCCUGUGAGUCCACGGGCUGGAUAUCAACCAGCGAGGUGCGCGUGCAAGCCCAUGCUCACGGUCGGCAAAGCAUGAGCCUGUCCAUCACGUGCGGGCGCGGGGCUUCGACUGUGUCAGAGCUGCUGACGUAUAGCGCUGUCACCGUGAGUAGCGUGCAGUCAGUCAACGCAGGCUCAAGAUCGACAUUUCUGAUUGCUUCUCUGUCGAGAGUCAGCAGCUCCGCAGCAGGACGCGUCGGCUCGACAGGAUGCGAGAUCUCUACAUGGCUGUCCGUGACGUCAGUGAGCUGUAUCUGUGCGAGAGGUCGGAGCCAGCUCGGCACGCAGGCGGUAGCGUUGACCAUCAGUCAAGCGACGGGAAGCGUGAGCGGCAGCGUGAGCUUCGACACACAGCAGAUCACGGGAGCAGAGCGCGGCAACCGGUACAUGGGGAUGGUCAGGUCGGUCAUCGUCGGGGCUGUCGGGGCUGUCGGGGGGGCAGCGUCUGUAUCAGCGAGUCUGCGACAAGGGAGCACAGCAUGCGAGCGAUCCUUGUGGAUAUCAGGCUCCUCUCUCGCAGGGCGCACGGCGAGCGGGCAAGCAGGGAGCAUGCGGGUGGUGGCGAGUGUUGCGGGUCAACCUGCGUCUACGUCGCGUGCCGCGAGCUACGAUGUACCGAUGACGUCCGAGGCGUUGAGGACAAACGUGGGAGGCCAAGGAGGGGCGAAGUCGGUGCAAGUGUGGGGCCAGGGGUACGGGCCUUCGGCAUCAGCAUCAGUGGGGAGGAGCUCAUGCGAGAGGUCGGGGUGGCUGUCGGACACGGCGAUACAGGGGACGACGUCAGGAGAGGGCUACGGGGGGACGAGAGGGGUGAUAGUGAGCAGUGGGAGACAGGUAGGAACGCGCUCAGCAAGUGUAUCAUAUGAUGCCGAGCGAUUGUUAUCCUUGAUAUUCAGUGGGAACUCAUUCUUUCCUGGACAAGGCAAUCUUAUGUUGCCACUCAAAACGUUUAUUCGUUUUUCUUCGUCGUCCAACUUCAACAAAGUUUCCCUUGGUAUUCGGACUGGUUUCACUGUUUCCUCCCGCUCCAUGUGGACGAGUGACUCCGCCGUCCAAGCUCUCGUCUCCUCUGGUGUCGGCGGCUCCCUAUCCCAGAUGCUCACCGUCGUCCUGCAAGUCUCCUCUCUCUCUCAGCUUCUCAGCUACGAUCGGCCUACGCUCGCGUCAAGACCGGCCAACUCUCCCACCACAGGGAACGUGGACCUGCAGCUGUCGGGGGCGGGGCUGGGGAACUUCGAUGCUUGUCCUGUUGCUCAGGUGGAGCGUUUUGUGUGUCGGGCGUCAAUGUGGAAGUCAGACUCGUCGAUGGUGUGCAGGGUGAAUGAGGGGGCAGGAGCAGGGCUGGAUAUCAGCGUGAAGGUAAAGGAGCAGGUCGGUACUCUCAGUCAAGUGUUCUCGUACGACGGACCAGCAGUGUUCCGAGCAAUUCCUUCCUUCUCAGAUACUGUCGGUAACUCGAUCAUCUUCGUCGAGGGGCUGAAUUUCGGUUGGAUACAUUCCACCAACCGUUUCCACAGGAUCACGUCAGAAUCAACCGGCAACGGGUGCUCCCGGCAACACAAUUGCCAAAGUUGCGUCAUCCGUGCUUUUUACUUCAUCAUCUAUGGACUGUUCAUUGAAGGCCAGGAUGGGAGCGACGUCUUCACAGAUGACCCUUUGGAGUUCGUAUAG